AUGGUCCACUCGAGACUCUCUUCUAGUCAUGCGUGCGUCAAUGAAUGGACAUCUGGACAAGUCCGCUCAAUCUCAAUCUCCACUCGCGUCCUCUCUGGCUCGAAUAAAUGGUCCAAGAUUCGCCACAAGAAGGGCGCAAAGGAUUUAGAAAGAGGCACGGUCUACUCUGCCAUCUCGAGAGAGAUCCUUGCUAGCGUGCGUCAGCAUCCAACGCGCUCGUGUGAUCCUAACAGCAACGCAAGGCUUGCAAGCUUGCUUAAGAAAGCCAAGGAUAACGGCGUGCCAAAGGACAGGGUCAAUGCUACGCUCGAAAAGGCGAACGGAGUCGCGGCCGGGAGCAUGCACUCGGUCACGUACGAAGCUCUUGGACCCCCAAACAAGGCAGGAGUGCCGGUAGCACUGGUCAUGUGAGUGAAGCAGCUAAGCAAAUAGCGCUGCUGUGUCGCGAACCUCAUCAAAUCGUGGCGCAACCUGCUUCUGGAAUCAAAGCUGAGGCCAGAUCUCGCCUGUCUGGAAUGUCCAUAACAGAGAAUGCCUUACAGACUCUGUCCCGCGCACGCUCGCGAAGGUCAAAGAGUUGAUGAACCGAGCAAAUGCGCGGCUCAGCUCUACAGCUCACCUGUUCAAUCGCGUAGGACGAAUGCGGAUCCUGCCUGGUCUUGCAGACGGCUCAGACAGCAGACGAUCCUUUGAUCAGGUGUUUGACGUUGCGGUGGAAGCGGGGGCUACGGACGUGCGUGUCAUGGAAGCAGAUGAGAUUGACGAGGAGUUGGAGAACACCAUGAGCUCAGAGGUCGGCGCAAGCUCGAGCGAUGUGCUGCCAAUCGAGAUCGACUGCGACCCAACUGAACUGUAUGCGCUGAGUCAGACGCUUGCGGGCACAGAUCAAGUGCUCAGCGCCGAGACAGUGCUCCUGAGCUCAGGUCCACCCAUCCGCUUUCGUUCAGAAGAGGAAGACGCUGCCCAUAGCGACACGACUGCAAGCGACGAAGACGCGGCUGGCUAUCUCAACGAGUCUGACGUCGAGAAGCUGGACAAAUUGCUGGCUGCCCUAGAGGACAGCGCGGAUGCCCAGCGAGUAUGGUGAGUGUUCAUCAUGCUCUCGUCUGAUCGGAUGCCUUGAUUUUCCAUUCAUCCGUUCGUUGGCCAGCAAAGCCCAUCGUCCGGUGGCCUUCUGAUUGCAGUCACUACUUCCGGACGUAACGUAAUUCUCGUUGAGCACACAAAGCUGAAUGUCCGACACUCCCUUGCUUUGAUGCAGGAGUAAUCUUGAUGGAUGGCCCUCGCGGUGA